AUGACCGGAACAGACUCUGGCCGUUUCGCGCCCAAGGUGCCUGUCCAACUGGACCCUCCUAAGGACGACCUCAUUACCCCCGAGGAGCUGGCAAAGUGUGACGGCACCGAUCCUAGCCGCCCUACCUAUGUCGCCAUCAAGGGAAUUGUUUUCGACGUGAGUCGCAACUCUGCCUACGGUCCUGAGGGGCAGUAUAAGGUGUUCGCCGGUAAAGACGCCUCUCGCGCCCUGGCCUGCUCGUCCUUGAAACCCGAAGACUGCAAACCUGAGUGGUACGACCUUCCGGAUAAGGACAAGAAAGUGCUGGAGGAGUGGUUCACCUUCUUCAGCAAGCGCUACAACAUUGUGGGGAAGGUGAAGGAUGCGAAGAACUACUAGCCUAGCUUUCUUAUGCUCCUGCAAGUACUUUCUACUCUU